CAGCGAACGGAACGCAGUGUCCGUCGUAUAGAUCGCUGGCUGGCUGUCUGGCUGAAAAUAGUGAACGAAGUAUGAGUUUUCGAAUAUGUUCGAUUAAAAAGUGAAGUGAAUUAGUGAGUGACUGUCAUCCUGCAAGAUGGUUGAUGACGUGAAUAUUGCGGAAACCGCUGAAAGUAAAGCGUCUGCAGAAGCUCUAGACAGAGCCAGAUUAGCCAGAGAAAGACGCGAAGCGGAACAAAGGAAGCGGCUCGAUGAGCUGCGAGCACACGCAGCGGCCGCGCAAGCGCAGCGGGAGAAGCGGGACGAGGAGCGACGGAAGAGGCAGGCCGAGCAGAGAGCGAGGGAUGACGACAGAAGGGUGCAGGUAGAAGAACGCAAACGAGCGAUAUGGGAGGCUUCAGUAUCACGACGCGAAGCGUUGCUGCAACGGGAGCGCGAGCGCACGGAGCGUCUAGAGCGCGCGCGUGCCGCUCGCUCGUCCCCCCGCUCCGCGUUCGCCUUCGGAUCGUCCACCCCCCGCCUCCUCGAGCCGCUAGACUCGGCGGGAUUCUUCUGGGCCGCGCGCAGUACCAACCCCAUUGAUCAGAUGAACUUUUUUGAGUCACUGGCGGCAUCAACAACAAAUGUGAUGUUCGCGUCUGCGCCGCUCACGAGGCGCGCCUCCGCGCUGCACCUCGACUCGGACAACGACAACAAAGACGAACCCGACCGACAGCCACCCGUGGCCAUGUGGUCGAGCGUGGCGCGGCGCCGCACGGACCUGGUGCCCACGCUGCCCGCGCCGCGCGCCCCAGGUAGAGCCUACUCCAUGACGCGGCUCGACAAGCUGCCGUCGCGCCCGCUCUCCGGCUCGCCCUCCAUGCACCACCUCAACAGGACCCAGCCGCGGUCGGGCGACACGACGCCGACGCCGGGCUCGCGGCCCGCCAGCGCGCUGUCGGCCGCGCCCGCGCCCGUGCUGCGCGCGCGCCCCGCCCCCGCGCGCCGCCCGCGCCCCGCCUCCAUCGCCGGCACCGGCGUCAACACGCCCCGAGGCGGGGUGGACACGAACAGCCAGAGCGCGGCGACGACGCCGUCGGUGUCGCGCGACAGCACGGUGAUGGCGGCCGCCGUGCCGCGCCGCGCGCACACCACGCCGCGCCGCCCGCGACCCGCCUCGCUGCACGUCUCGCGACCAGCGACAGCAGCCACUAACGCCACGCCCGUCGCGCCUGGCGAGGGCAAGCCGCCCGUGCACAGAAAGCCAAAGCCCUCCAAAGAGCAUCCCAACCGCAAGUCCACGUCCGCGUCGCCCGGCCGCGCGCUCUCGCCGUCGCCCCAGCACUCGAAGGAGCCUAGCCAGGACAAAGAUAUUGUCAAGCAAAAGCCGAGUGAUAAGAAUCACGUCAACGCGCACGAAGUGAGUCAAAAGCUGGAAGCGUUACAGAUACAAAAUGGAAAUGAAAAUGCCAGACAGCCACUAAACGAUAAGGUUAAUGAAAACAAAGAAAAUCAGAAUAUAAACAUAGUCAAUCCACCGGUUGCGGUAAAUAAAGUAGAACAGGCCAAGCCUGAAAUAGUCGAAGUACAGAAGCCAGUCGAAGAGCAGAAAGUAGAAGAUAACAAACAAAUUGUAGAAGAAAAGAAAGAAAUUGUAGAACAAAAGGUAGAAAAAGUCGAGGAAAAAGUAGAGCAAAUAAUUGAAAAGCCAGAGGAAAAGAAAGUAGAAGAAAAGAAAGAAAAGUUAGAAGAGAAGAAAGUAGAAGAAAAGAAAGAAAAGUCUGAAGAGAAGAAAGUUGAAGAAAAGAAAGAACCGUCCCAAGAAAAGGCUGAAGAAAACGAGAUGACGGCGUCCAUGAUCUCGCGACGCAUCACCACGGAGGAGGAGGCCAAGGCCGCGCUGGCGGAACGCCGCCGCCGCGCCCGCGAGGAGCUGGAGCGGCAGGCAGAGCUCGAGCGGCAGAGACUGCAACGUGAAGCCGAGGAGGAGGCGGAACGGCAACGCCUCGAGGAGGAGCGGCAGCGGCGCGAAGAGGAGGAGGCCAAAGAGCUAGCGCGCCUGCAGCGGGCCGAGCAAGAGGAGAAACUUAGGAAAGCUAUUGAGGCGCAACAGCAACUAGAGCGCGAGGAGGCCGAGCGCAAAGCGCGCGAAGAGGCGGAGCGAGCGGCGCGCGUGGCGGAGGAGGGCGAGAAGCGGCGCCAGGCCGAGGAGGCCGAGCGGCUGCGGCGCCAGCAGCUCGAGCGCACCGAGCUAGAGCGCGUCGCGCGCCGCCAGCGCGUCGAGGCCAUCAUGGCGCGCACGCGCCUCAGGAAGGCUGAAGAAGAUAAGAAGCAACAAGAAGAGAAGGAGCAACAGCAGGGCGGCGCCGACAACGGCAACGCCGACCACAGCGCGCCCGAGCCGCAGCAGCAGGCUUCAGAGCCCAGUGCCGCCGCCGCGGAGGAGGCGGAGGCGGCGCCGGCGCCGGCGGCGGUCACCAACAACGGCAACGUCACGGCCGACCUGCUGGGCCUGUCCGACCCACACCCGAUCGAAGACAAAUCGCAAGAGCAGCCGACGGCCAAGAACCCAACAAACGACAACUCCAACAACGGCUUAGCGGCGCCCACCAACAACGGCAACGCCAACAGCAUGGCGCACAUCUCCGCCUCGUUCCUGCAGGGCGAGCGCGGCGCCGAGCUCGCCCAGAAGCAGGCGCCCGACGCCUUCGACGACGACUUCUCCACGCACAACGGCCACGCCGCCAGGCCCCACCCGCUCACGCUCCAGAACGCCAUCUAGGGCCCCGGCCGAUAACCUCCGCGAACCACUUAUCGCGGAAUAACUUCUUUUUAGCUGGUCGAAUUGAUAUCUAACCGUACGCGAUUAUCGAGAGAUGUCUCAAUGUAAAAGGUGACAAAUUGAACAGAAUCAAUGUUGCCGGCUCCCCUAACUAAUAAAGUGAUUCGUAAAAGUUGUGAAAUUAAAAUUGCACGCGCACACGUGGGAUUUAUUAUUAGUAAUCGGUGAAAACUCCGUUUCUUUUCCGUUCAAUAUGUCACCCGGUAUACAUAUUGGCUGUCUGAUAGACUGAUAAGGUGAAGCGUACCUAAACAGCUUUGUAGGUUUGUAUGUAAAAUUGGUACGUCUAUCGUCGCCAUUUAAAUAGACUAAUGCGAUGAUUCAUUGCUAGAAAUAACUGUAAAAUAAUAUGUAAUAUAAAUAAUAUGAGUAUUUUUUGCAAGAAAUUCCAACACGCAAAAAAUCAUUUGCGAGUACACAUCUAUUUGUAGUUGCUCGUUUAAACUACCGUGCGCACACACACUGCAAUACGCAAUUACAAUGUCAACAUAUAAUUGAAGGGAUGUUUACAAAAACAACAUAACUGACUACACUGGUUGACACCUGAAACGAUUAACAAUGUUCUUAAAAAAGUGUCAUCCGCUCUAAGCAGUUAUGUUGUUUUUGUAAACAUCCCUUCAAUUGUUUGCACCUUUUGAAAGAGAUUAGAUACUGAUGUAACUGUAGACACUUGUGUUUUUAUAUUGAGGUUUUUUUAAUUUUCCAGUUAAUCGUAUAUGUUGAGAGUGUGAGAACGUAAUAUGAAAGGUGCCUUGAAACGUCGGUUUCAAAUUUAGUUACUAUUUCGGUGCUACAAUUAUUUUAUUAUCAGUUUGCAAUUACAUAUAUUGGUUAGUUAUGAAGUUAAAAAAUAUAGAUAUAAUUGCAAUAUAAACUAGACGUAAUUAAUAAAUGAAUUUGGGAAUAAGUAUUGCAAUUUUAGCAGCCAAUAUGUAUGCCUUGAGAACGGGUUGUGGGGUAUCUGCUUCUCUUUUAGAUACAAACAAAAAACAUAUAUUGGGACGUCUAGUAAGCUAUGCGAUUAGGACCAAUGAGUCAGUACACAUAACAUUCUGGCUGGAUAUAAGAAUCGCGGUUGUGGAAAAUGUGUAGUUUGGCCAGUCAUUCGCAUCAUCAGGAAGAGGCAUCAAAUUUACAAAUAAAAGGUCUGGAAUAUUGUCCACAUUUUCUUUUAAUUUUCUCGCCUUUCCUAGUGACUGCAAUGGCUGUCCCCAAUAUAAUAAUAAUAUAAUAUGUUAUAUCCAAUGGUAUAAAUAUCUAUUCGUAUAUGUCGCAUUACAUCUGUGGGCUAGAUGCGUCGUGAACCACGUUAAACGAAUGGUGAAAUUUAAAUAUCCAAUAUUUAAAUUUGAGAAGCAGACUGUUAGUAUGAAUAUAUAAAAUAUUAAUGCAUUUAUAUUGCAAAUCCUUGAUUCUACUAAGAUGUUUCCAAGCUUAUCAUAUUGCUAACUUUAAGCAAAGAUAAUAAGUAAUAAAAUAUAAUAAUUAAUCACUGCUUAACAUUUCGAGUUAAUGGGAAGUAAAAACAUAUUUUCGUACAUUAAUCAUUGAGCAUUCAUUUAGCGUAGUCGAGGCAGAAAACGAGUAUGUAUCAUUAGGAUCAGGGACUAACGGAAUUAAUGUCAUUAAUUUCUAUAAAUUAUCAUUAAUUGUUCACGUUUGAUAGUAUCUUUGAUAGGUUGUGUAUAAAAUGCUGUUUUUGCAGUGCGUAUUACAUUUUGUGUAAAUUAUAAUUAGUUUUUAUUUAUUGUGAUGUUUUAUUAAUGACCCGGUUGUAGGAAAUAUUUGUAAGGAAAUCAAUUUAUCACUUCGCUUCUCUUUAGAGCCGGCGGGUGCGUUUAUUGCGAGGCGCUUGUGUGGGAGCGGGGUGAAUUUAAUUCUUAGUUUCGUCCGCAUUUUGUGGCAGUAUUGCCUUGUUCAGAUUUGAAUUGGCAUGCACGAAUUAAAUUGACUCGAGCCAUUUUCAGAAAGAUUAUAUUAUUCUCAUUAGGCCUCGGUCUCAUACAGCCGACUUUCACGCUCGUUUUAAAUACGACAUCUUUAUAUAUAUGUGUGCAUAUCGUUGCCGCUUUGUGUACGCAUUUAGACAUCAUUGGCUCAUCCCAGUGCUAAUUGCUUUAAAUAAUCCCAGUGUAAAAACCAAGCAAAAUAAAAACUUUUGUGAUAAAAGAAAGGCCUGUCAGAAACAAUUUUAAUAAAAUUAUCAACGAACGAUUUGAGACCGAGUACUUUGAUUCUCUAUCCAUUAUGUGUUGUUACUCCGUAUAAAUACAUAUACCGAACAUAAAUCGUAGAAUAAAAAAUAGGUCUGUCACUAAUCAACACACAAUCAUUAAUAUUACAAAUAAAACCCUGAAAGGGUGUUCAUCACAGGUUUUACUACACAUGCUACAUAAUGUUAUUUUAUUCUGCUAUAGCUACAUAGUGUGUUUGUUACCAGACGAUCACACGAGGCGCGAUUGGCACAUUUGUGUCAUUGUAUGUUAUCCCUUUGGUAGUUGAAGGUUCAAGUUAAAUAACUAUAACUUAAGUAACGGACUUAAGUUGAAAGAGGUAAAUUUAUACGUUCAUAAUUUGAUUCUUGCUAUCAAGUACCAAAUGGGUCUCUAGACCAUUACCCAUAAUAACAAUUAACAAAUAGCCGUAUGAUAAUAAUUAAGUUAUUAAACGAUGCAUAAAGAACUUUUGUAAAAUAAGUAGUUAGCGUUCAAAUAAAUACGAUACCUAUUUUUUCGUGCUUAUUCUAUGUAUAUUAAUUCUGUUAAGAUUUCUUAAAAUCACACAUAUUUCAAUAUUGUUUCUGUAUAGCGUUUUUAUUUUUAACGUUCUAUGCUUGGAUACAAUAAAUUUAACUUUAGGCAAAUGAAACUGUAUUUAACCUAAUAAUUAUAAUAGUAACAAAUUAUCUAAUAUCAGGAACAUAUUAUGUUCCAAAACUUGUAUAUUCCAUUCAUUUCAUCAAAUUUCAUUAAUUCAUUAUUCUAAUAGUUUAAAUUGUUUAAUCAUUUUCAACCAUCAUCGUUUCUAUGUACAGUCAUGUCUGAAAAUAUCAAUAAGGUCGCGAAUACAUAUUUUUGGCACUUUGUCCGUAUCGAUAUUUUCAAACGUGACUGUAUUAUGAUACUAUAAAGCUGUUUUAUACAUACAUAUUGCUCUAAACAGUUUUUGGUUUAGAAACCCAUAUUCUUAACCUUUGGAUCGCCUUUAGUACAAGCUAAAAACUUAGGUACUUGAUCACAUAAAGGCUAAUUUCACUUCGUAACGAGUAAUAAACACAUGGGUCUAUAGCCGCCUUUUCAGGGGUUUAGGCAUUCAAAGUAACCCUUUGAAUAGUAUUGUGUAACUUGGGAAGGCUUGAAAAAUUAUUUAUUUAUAUACUUAUAUGAAUUAAAGAGGAAAAAAGGUUGGAAUCCAUAAUUUUUGUAACUCUGUUGUAAGUAUUGUUUAUGGCUAUCAUAUGGUCAUUUUAGCCUUUAUUAUAUCCGAACAAUUGUGCCUGUUAUCAAAUGUAUAGUUUGUGUCUAUUUUUCUGGGAUCGUGCUACAAUCAUGUGUUUGAUGUUUAUACCUCUCUUUUUACUUCAAUAUUAUUUAUGCUGAGGGAUGUAUAGUUUCAGGAAAUGUUUUCUUAACAACAAAAUGAUUUUGAUAAGUAGGUAGAAUUAGACUAAGACAAGUCUGCAAAGAUUUUGAUAGCACAGGCAGUGCUAGUGUUAUUUUAAACGUCAAACUUCUAUGAAAUUAUGACGUAUAAAUAACACUUGCACUGUAUCGUGUGCUAUCAAAAUCGUUGCAGACUUAUCUUGGUCUAACUCUAGUCCUAUAAAGGACCAAAAUAUACGACAAUAUCAACCGUAACGCCACGUGUCGUAAUGCCGUCUUAAGAUUUUGGGAUAGGGAUUAUAUCACUUUUUUUAUUUUAAAACGCGAUUAUAUAAGAUGACGGCCUGAAGAAAGGUAUCUUUUUGUUCAUUUUUAUACGGUUGUUUUCAUUAUCACUCAUCAUUAUACCUACCUGUAAUGUAUUUAUAUGUAUAUCACUCGAGACAUGGCUUCUAUGUACGAUCUAUUCUAUAUUAUGUUAGCAAUCGAUGGAUUUAUAAGGAGAAAGUUUUAAUAAAAAAUAUUAUGAAAUUUA